UUGGCUUCAGCUGAAGUUUUGGGGAGUAGCAGGCAGUAGGUCUUUGUGUUUGCUGGUUUUGGUGCGUGCUUUGUGUGAAUGCAACGAUGAAAAUAACGCUGAAGUAUGAGGAGGCCCCCACAGAGGACCUUCAUUUGACUCUCCGGCUGACCUUGCCGCAGAAGUAUGUGAACGGGACCAACAAGGAGGUUGUCAAACUUUUUGUGGACCACUACAACAAGAAACAUGCUGAGAAUCCCAUUUCGCUGGAGGAACUGCAUCUGAAAAUUGUGGGAGGGAUCCAUCUUGACAACGAAGAUAGAGUCAAAGAGUCCUUAUCGAGCGGGGAUGAAUGCUACCUCCUUGGCAAAGAUUCUGAGGGGCCAAAGUCCAAGCCAGAACAGGGCUACUCUGCCCCUUCUGCUCCGAAAGAAGCGAAAGAAAGCGCUCCAGCAGACAAGGUGGUGAAGAACGCUGAUGGCAAAGUAAGGUGUAAAAACUUUGGUUGCCAAAAGUUUUACGAUCCUGAUGGGCCUCCGCAAGAGUGCGUCCAUCACAAGUCUGCGCCGAUAUUCCACGAGACCGCGAAAUGGUGGUCUUGUUGUCCAGAUAGCAAAGCUUAUGACUUUGAUGAGUUCAUGAAGAUUCCUGGAUGUACACAGGGGUUUUGUACGAACGAGUCCCAGGCGAAAAAGCGCUUUAUGGGCGGCGCCGACCUCCGGGCCGACAGCGCGCCCAUCCGGUUGGAUGCGGAUGCGCCGCCGGACCCACGACAGAAGCUCGAAAGCAUGCGACGAGGCUUGGUUGCCGUGGGUGUGGAUAGUGCCCUCUUUGAGCAAGUGGUGGACAGACUGGCGCCCAAUGGAGACCUCGAAAAGGCGUGUGAGGUGCUGAAAACACGUUUCGCUACGGCCCUGAAUGCCUUGCAGUGA